AGUUGGUAACUUACGAGAGGCUAUCAAGAAUUUCACAUUCGAGGUUAGUUUGUAGUGUGCUCUUUUUCGGACAGUAUUUUUUAUUUACAUUUCCGCUCUUCUUGGAAAAUUACAAAUUUACAUCAUGGCUGCAACGAUGCCAAUAAAUCCUAAACCAUUUUUAAAUGGUUUAACUGGAAAACCGGUCAUGGUAAAAUUAAAAUGGGGCCACGAGUAUAAAGGUUAUCUAGUCUCAGUCGAUGGAUAUAUGAAUCUACAACUUGCUAACACUGAGGAGCACAUAGAUGGCAACUGCACCGGAAAUCUUGGCGAAGUGCUAAUUAGGUGUAAUAAUGUCAUGUACAUACGAGGAGUAGAAGAAUCGGAUGAGGAAGGAGAGAUGAAGGAUUAAACAUGAACAAAUCUAAAAUUUCAAUGUACAUUAUAAUCGUGUAUUUUUAAGCAUUAAUUUAAUUCAUUUAAUAAACUACAUCUUAUAAAA